AGUUCCCAAAUUUUUAAAGCUAAGGUUUCAAAAGAAUCAAAGCAAAGGCUCUUCUUCGGUUCUUCUUGGACAUAAACUGCAAUCAAUCCUCUUCUUUAGUUUUGCUGGAUCUUUUUAGUGAGGGUGGAUAUGAUCACGAAAUUUUUCAAGGCUAUUCCAACUCCUCAAAAUUCUGGUUCUGGUUCUAGUCCUCCUACCCCGAGUUCUUCUCCAUGUCCAAUUAUUCAUGACAAUAUCAAUCUUUCGGCGGUAUCAAACAAAGAGAAAAUAUUGAAUUUGAAUCUUGAACCUGAUCCCGCAGAAAGAAAGUAAAUUUCAGAGUAUCCUCCGAAUUUACGUGACCGAGUGAGAAGAUAUUAUAUUCAACAAGGACCUUGUCAACCUCGUAAUUGUAGUUUUCCAAAAAGAGAUUUUGGUAGAUUUAUGCGUCAAUUUAAUCUUGAAUGGUUUAACACUUCAUACUCUGGAUGGUUAGAAUAUAGUGUUAAAGUUGAUGCAGCAUUUUGCUUAUGUUGUUACUUGUUUAAAAAUGAGCAUGGAGGACAUGGAAAAGUUGGAAAUUCUUUCACAAAGAGUAGUUUUAGAGCUUGGAAUAAAGCUACAGAAAGGCUUAACGCACAUAUUGGAGAGGUGAAUAGUCUUCACAAUAGAUGUUUUAUGAUGAUGAGAGAUUUAAUUAAUCAAGAACAAUCAAUUCUAACCUCUUUUGACAAGCAGUCUGAAAAAAUUAAAAGUGAUUAUCGAGUUCGGUUGAAUGCUUCGAUUGAUGUGGCAAAAUUUCUUUUAAAAUAAGGAAUAUCUUUCCGGGGCCACGAUGAAGGUGAAACUUCUACUAAAAGAGGAAACUUUGUAGAACUCUUACAAUGGUAUGCAGAUAGGGAUGAUGAAGUGAAAAAAAUUGUGCUACAAAGUGCUCCACAAAACAACAUGACGAUUGCUCCAAAUAUCCAAAAAGAGAUCGUGAAUGCUUGUGCGAAAGAAAUAAUUAAAGCAAUAGUUGAAGAUUUAAAUGAAGAUUAUUUUAGAAUUUUGGUUGAUGAAUCUAAGGACGUCUCUCAUAAGGAACAAAUGGCUCUUGUUCUGCGGUAUGUCAACAAAGAGGGAAAACUUAUUGAGUGAUUUCUUAGUAUUGUUCAUGUUAAAAAAACAACUUCAUCGUCAUUACAAAAAGCAAUCUAUGAUUUGCUUUUAGAGCACUCAUUGAGUCCAUCUCAAAUACGGGGACAAGGUUAUGAUGGAGCUAGUAACAUGCAAGGAGAAAUCAAUGGUCUUAAAACUUUAAUUCUGAAAGAUAAUCCGUCGGCAUAUUGUAUACAUUGCUUUGCCCAUCAAUUGCAAUUGACUCUUGUAGCCGUUGCAAAACAAAUUGUGAUGUAGAUCAAUUUUUUUAUAUUUUUGCUAAUGUCUUGAAUAUUGUUGGAAGUUCUUUUAAGCGUAGGGAUAUGCUACGAGAAGACCAGACAAAAAAACUAGAGGAGCUACAAGUGCUUGGUGAAGUUCAUACAGGAAGUGGACUAAAUCAAGAACUUGGACUCCAAAGGCCAGGUGAUACCCGAUGGGGUUCUCAUUUUAAGACAGUGCGUAACUUUAUUACAUUAUUCUCGUCAAUCAUUAAUGUACUUGAGUUUCUUGUAAGUGAGGGUGCAAAUUAUCUUGAGAGAUCAGUGGCAAAAAGUCUAGUGAAUGACAUAAGAUCUUUUGAAUUUGUGCAUAUGAUGCAUUUGAUGUUAAAAUUAUUAGCAAUCACAAAUGAUUUGAAUAUAGAUUUGUAAAGAAAAGAUCAGGAUAUUAUAAAUGCUAUGAAGCUUGUUGGUUUCGCCAAGAGGCAAUUGCAAGUGAUGAGAGAAUCUAAAUGGAAAUCUUUGAUAGAUGACGCCUCUUCAUUUUGUUCCAAGCACGAUAUUGUGAUCCCUAAAAUGGAUAAGAACUAUCAUCUUGGAAAGUCAAAGCGUAGGAGUUCAAGUGUUACAUAUUCUCAUCAUUUGCGUGUCGAAGUUUUUAAUACUGUUAUUGAUUUGCAACUUUCGAAGCUUAAUAGUCGUUUUGAUGCGGUGAAUAGUAAUCUACUUCUUGGUAUGGCUAGUUUGAGUCCGGAUAAUUCUUUUGCAAAUUAUGAUAAAGACAGAAUUAUGAAACUUGCUACACUUUAUCCUCAUGAGUUUAGUGGUUCAAAGCUUGAAGAUCUCAGUUACGAGCUUGACAACUAUAUUCUCUUUGUGAAAGAAGACAAUGAUUUCUCUAACUUGAAAGGACUUGGAGAUCUUUCAGAAACAUUAGUUGAAACAGAUUUGUACAAGACUUGGAGACUUGUGUUUUUGCUUGUGAAAUUAAGUCUGAUAUUGCCUGUCACUACUGCAACAGUAGAAAGAGCUUUUUCUUCAAUGAAGUACAUCAAAAAUGACUUGCGUAGCAGAAUUGGUGAUGAAUUUUUGAAUGACUGUUUAGUUUGUUAUAUAGAAGAUGAAGUAUUUGAAAGUGUACCUAAUGAUGCGAUUAUUUAUCGUUUUCAAAACAUGACAACCCGUUGGGUACAAUUGUAA